AUGAACUUCUUGAAGACUCUCUUCUUCAUCUCUCUUAUCGUCGCAACAGUCUUUUCUGCUCCAUCAAAGAAAUGCGGUGAAAACGAAGAGUUCCGUGAGUGUGGAACUGCAUGUGAAGCCAACUGUUUUGAGGGACACGUGAUGUUCUGCACAAUGCAAUGCAUCGUAAACGUCUGUCAAUGCAAGAAUGGAUUCUUCCGUAACAAGGAUAAGAAAUGUGUUCCUAAGAACAAGUGCUAA